AUGAAGAGACAUGCUGCUACACCUAUCACUUCAUUCUUCUCCAAAAGGAGCAGAGAAGAGUCUGAGGGAGAGUCACACUCAAGUGCAGAUAUAGGUUCGCCAUCACAAAACUGUGUAACAGAAGACCUUUGUGGAGCCCCAGAUGCUUCUGAUCCAAGUCGAAUGUCACCCAGUGCUACCACUCUGUCCCAAGUUGAGGCGAGCACUGCUUUCCCUCCUGACGAUAUUGGAGCACUGUUGAAAGCAAACCAGAAGUUAAAUGACUUGGAUCCGACACGUAAAUACCAAUUGCUUACAUCUGAGCCAAAUCUUGAUCCUUCCUUUUACCCAAAGACGUACUGUGCUGUUUCUAAACAAUAUUGCCACUUUACACCAAGCUUGUUUCAGAAAUAUUCUUGGCUCUAUUACAGUCGUGCAGAGGAUGGGGCAUUCUGCCGAGCCUGUGCAUGUUUUGCUCCGGAGUUACCUGGUGGACAUUCUACAGGUCAGUUCGUGACUGCACCUUUUAGAACAUGGCUAAAACUAUCUGACAGGAUGCUAGCUCAUGGCAAGCUUGAUUACCAUCUUGCUUCUCUGGCAAAGAUGAGUGCAUUCUUGGAUUGUUAUAGUAACCCAUCACAAGCUAUUGACACAGUGCUUGUAUCUGAGGCUCGGAAGCGGAUGGAGGCUAACAAGAAAGUGAUUUCGUCUCUGUUAAAAAUAGUUUUGCUGUGUGGAAAACAAGGCAUAGCGUUUUGUGGUCAUCGUGAUGAUUGUUUCAACUGGGAGGAUACUGAGUAUGAACACUCAAACCCAGGGAAUUUCAUUGAGCUUGUAUGCUUUAGGGCUGAAACUGACAAUAUUCUCUCUGAACAUCUCAAGAACUCUCCAAGAAAUGCUAGAUACACAUCCAAAACGAUUCAAAACGAAUUGAUUGAAGUGGUUGGCAAGUACAUCUGCAACGAAAUCAUAGCAGAGGUAAAGAAGAGCAAAUACUACACUGUCAUUGUUGAUGAAGUCACUGAUAUUUCAAUCAAAGAGCAGCUCUCAAUUUCCCUUUGCUACGUUUAUUAUGGUACUGUGAAGGAAGUAUUCAUUGCCUUUGUCUCAGUAGAAAGGAUCACAGGAAAGAAUAUUGCUGCAGCAAUUUUAAACUGGAUACAGACAGUUGGAUUGUCACCAAGUGAUAUGCGAGGGCAGUGCUACGAUGGAGCCAGUAACAUGUCUGGAGCAAGAUCAGGGUGUAGUACUGUUAUUCAACAGCAAGCUCCAAAGGCUGCCUAUUUCCACUGUGCUGCUCAUCGAUUGAAUCUUGCUGUAGUGUCUGCAUGUAAGAUCCAAGCAUUCAUGAAUGUUGAGGCAUACAUCGGAGAAAUUGCAAGGUUCUUGGCAUUCUCUCCCAAAAGACAACGACUGUUUGAUAAGACAAUGGAUAUAUUCCUUCCAGAAGCCAAGGCUCGAAAGCUCAAAGACGCCUGUAGAACAAGGUGGGUUCAACGUAUUGAUUCGUACACAGUCUUUCUUGAGUUGUUACCGGCACUUCACACAUCUCUGCAGCUAUGGUUUCUCCAGGACAACACAAAGACUUUGGUACUGAUUGGGGCUGGGAUGGCAAUACAAUCACAAAGGCGAAUGGCUAUCUGUAUCAGCUUCAGUCGCCUUCUUUCUUAG